CUUCGCAGCAGCCCCGUUCAAGAUGGCAGCCAACAGUAGCAGCACGGGUAGUAAAUCCAGCUCCGGUUCCGGUGGGAAACAGCCCGGCCCGUCAGCGGAACAGGUGGUGGCCACGUUUCAGAGGAUGCGUCAGGAGCAGCGCAGCAUGGCGUCCAAAGCUGCGGACAUGGAGAUGGACAUUACCGAACACAGCUUAGUAAUCGACACCCUGAAGGAGGUGGAUCCUUCGAGGAAAUGCUUUCGUCUAGUGGGAGGGGUGCUGGUGGAGAGGACUGUGAAAGAAGUGCUGCCUGCCUUGGAGAACAACAAAGAACAGAUUUCCAAAGUAGUGGAGGCCCUCAACACACAGAUGCAGGCAAAAGGACGGGAACUCACAGAGUACAGGGAACGCUACAACAUCCGGCUGGUGGGCGAGGGCGAAGGCGAGGCGCAGAGCCAGGCGGCUUCGGCGGCGGCGUCCUCCAGGGACAGCGAAGGAGGCGGGUCCAAGAGCGGAGCCGGCGUUUUAGUCUCGUAGCUCGCCAGCGUGGACGGCGGCGGCGGUAGUAGUAGUAGGGCCCCUUCUGAUUUCUGCAGUACUGAAAGCGUAGACGGAGUUAAGGAAUGCGCUGAACUCUUCAGUGAAUACAACACUUUGUACAUUGUAACAGUGCACGAACGUAUCGGUGUGAAUGUUUGUGUCGGUCAAAAUUUAAGUCUUUUUUUUUUUGUCCUACGUUUGCCUUUCAGACUUUUUUUUUCAUUGCUGAAAUACUGUCACAAUUAAAAGAAAUACCAACAUCUG